UUACAUUUACAUGUCGCAUCAGAUACUGGCCGUAUCGCGGACGCUCCAAGCGUUCGCCUGCAGGAGCCAUUAAACAAAGAACAAUCUUUAAUUGUGGUGUAGAAAUGUAGGAGAUAGAUCCAGAUAGAUCGAUGGGAACAAUCGCUAUUAAUGUUUGUUGAACAGAGUUAAUAAUCAGUAGAGAGGAAUUAAUUGUUGAGAAUCAGAUAUUUAGUGGGCAGAAGAACAAGAAGAUUGUGUUGAAGCGUUUUGCUGUGACACGAUUCUGAAAAUGGCAGACGCAGACAUCAUAGUUUCUUGUCCCUAUAAUCCUUCGCAUCGUAUUCGCAAGUAUAAACUUAUGAAUCAUAUAUCAAAAUGCAAGAAAACUAGUAAUACAGAAAACAAGGUAGAGUGUCCGUUGGACAAGAGUCACAUUGUGGAUUCUGAUCUUCUCAGGGCACAUAUUGAAAUGUGUUCUAGUAUUGGAAGAGCGGCAGAUAUGGAUAUUGGAAAUAUACAGUUAAGAGAUCCAGAUCCUCCUGUAGCAUCUAACUUCUAUUCAGUCGAAAAUUGGGACGAUGACCCAGAAGUUCCACAUUACAAUGCAAUGGAAGUUUCUGCGAAUAAGCCAGUGAUUCGAUGUGUGUCUGGAUUAACAAAAUCAGAGAAAAGGAAAUUUAAGGAGAACGAACGAAUGCGUUUAGCAAAUCUCAAAGGGGUUUAUACUGCGAGAGCAGUCUCAGAGUCUACGAAAGACACGGCUCGUGAUGUACUAUUACGUCCAUUACGUCCUCCUCGUAACGCUGUUUUGGCAUCACAAGCUACUAAAUCGUCACAAGCUACUGAAGCGUCACAAGCUACUGAAGCGUCACAAGCUACUGCAACGUCGUCUAUAAAAAUUUUACAAAAUGACUUUGAUGAACUAAAAAUACAUGAAGAUGAAAAUUGUGAUAGCGAUGAUGAUAAUGAUGUUGGUGCUCAAUCUAACUUUGAUCCUAAAUUUCAUAAUAGUUCAUUCCACAGAAUGUUAUAUGAUGAAUUAGCUCCUGAAGAUGACGAAAUUAAGCAAUUAGAACAGUCUCUACGUAGCAUUGACGCGGCACGUAGAUAUGAUACACGUACCACAAUCUUCUCGCCAGAAGGAAGACUGUACCAAGUCGAAUAUGCUAUGGAGGCUAUAAGCCAUGCUGGCACUUGUUUGGGUAUAUUAGCAAAUGAUGGUAUUCUGUUGGCAGCUGAGAAACGUAAUACCAAUAAAUUAUUGGACGAGGUAUUUUUCUCCGAAAAAAUCUACAAGUUGAAUGAUGACAUAGUUUGUUCAGUGGCUGGUAUAACUUCAGACGCAAAUGUCCUGACAAAUGAGUUGCGCCUUAUUGCGCAGAGAUACCUUCUUCAGUAUGGCGAAGCUAUACCUUGCGAGCAGCUUGUCUCAUGGUUAUGUGAUGUUAAACAGGCGUACACUCAAUAUGGUGGAAAGAGACCCUUUGGUGUAUCUAUCUUGUACAUGGGAUGGGACAAAUACUAUGGUUAUCAGUUGUAUCAGUCAGAUCCUAGUGGAAACUAUGGUGGCUGGAAGGCGACAUGUAUCGGGAAUAAUUCAGCAGCGGCUGUAUCGUCCUUGAAGCAGGAAUAUAAAGAGGGUGAGACAACCCUGAAAGAUGCAAUGGCACUCGCUAUCAAAGUUCUCUCUAAAACGUUAGACAUGAAUAAGCUCACUGCUGAGAAGGUGGAAAUGGCGAUACUGACACGCGAAGAUGGUAAAACCAAAACAAAAAUACUACCAGCGAAUGAAGUGAACGCCUUAAUCGCGGAACAUGACCGAUUGGAAGCACUAGCGGAGCAGGCAAAGAAAGAAAAGCAGAAAUCAUAGAAAUUUAUAUUGAAUAAGAAGAUUAAUUCAUUGUGGUGACAAAGUUUAUAUCAGGAAGAAAUUGAUAUAUAUGCAACUCAAGUGUUUAUAUAUGUACUGUAAAUUAUUUCCUUGCCACAGGAGUGAAUCUUUACAAUUACAUUAUCAUCUU